AUGUCAGGAGACAAAUAUGAUCUUAUUGUGGUUGGGUCCGGCUUUGCUGGGUCCGUCACAGCUCUAUCUUUGUUGGAAACGUGUAAAGCUCAGAAGAAACCCGGACGAGUGGUUAUCGUGGAAAGUGGAAAAGAUGGAGAGAGAUGUGGAGCUUCGCGGUGGACGUCAGCUUAUCUCAGGCUUGAUAAGGACAACAACCUUGACCCUGCCCGGAUCGACGAGAUGGACAGAGUCAGCCAAGGUCUGCAUAACAGAGACUAUUGUGCAAAGAUGUAUGUCGAGGUUCCAAAGACCAUGGCCUACCUCCUCGAGCACGGGGUGAAAAUCAAUCAUCACGUGAGUUGA